CCAUGGCCAGAGUGGUGAGUGCAGAAGACUUCAGUGGAUUACGCCCCUAUUCUCAUGGAAUCAUAUUUACUGCAAGACCACAGUCUACACCAAGCAGAGCAUCAUCAUGCAGAAGCAGGCAAAGCUCAGUUAAAUCAGCCUCAUCUACAUCGGUGCGGUCUGUCCCAGAUCCCACACUGUCCGCCUCAGAAAUUGAGCAGAUUUUACUUAAAAAGACAGCUGAAGAAGAAGAUGAACUUAAAAAAGCAUUUCAGACAAUCGACAUUGAUCACACCCUAACAGUCACAAAAGGUGAAUUCAGGAGAGUGAUUGAAACCUUUCUUUUUCCUCUGACACAAGCACAGUUUGAUUCUGUGCUGGCACAGAUUCCGAUGACUAGCAAAGUUACUGUACCAUAUCUUGACUUCCUGGCAAAGUUCACUAGGGUUGCCAAAAGUGCCAACAUGCAAAGAAG